GUACCGCAAUCGGAGUUAGAUGCUGAAUUGGUGAAGACGAUCAUGGCGGAAUAUCGUAUCCACAAUGCGGAUAUCACGUUGAGAUACGAUGCUACAUCGGAGGAUUUGAUCGAUGUAAUUGAAGGCAACAGGUGA